CCCAGGGCGGUCCGUUCCCUCCCACGGGUGCGCGCGGCAGGGGAACUGGACCGGGGUGCUUGUGCGCCCGCCCCGGGGAGAGCCCCCGCAGGUGCCUGGUCCAGGGGCAUGGCCUCGCCUUUGGAUCCCGCUGCCCUCCUAGCGAGGCAGUCAUUUCCCGGAGGGAACUGUGCAGGCUCCCCACGGAGCGGGAGCGGCCGGCGGGCAGUGCCAACAAGGACGUCCAGCCCUCCGGGCCGCGGGCGCGCGGGCGAGGCCGGGCCAGGGUCAUGGUCACGGCCCUGGAGGGAACGCAGGCAGGAGCGCGCCGGGGCGGGAGGCGGGGCUGGCGGCGGAAGCAGCGGCCACGCGCGGCGACUGCGGCGAUUAAGCCUCGACUCCUUUUCUCCCAUUCUAGGAAAAACCAGCAUGUCUUCCUCCAGACUGGGGCUCCGUUUGGCUGCCUGUUUACUAAACAUCUCAGAAGCCAGGAGGAAACACGUCGUUGAGAACAUCGCAAAAGCAGCUCUUCUUGGGGAAAAUGGGAAGAAACGUCCUGAAGUAUCAGUGCUCAAUAUAUUUUCUGAUCAAGACUACAACAGAUCAGUCAUUACCAUCGCAGCUUCUGUUGAUGAAUUAAAACAUGCUGUCCUGGCUGCCUGCUUGGAGGCCUUUCGGUCUAUUGACAUGGAGGCUCAAGAGGGGAUCCACCCGUGUUUGGGAGCCGUGGACCUGAUCCCCAUUUACCCGCUCGCCGGCGUGUCAGUGGAAGAGUGUGGAGCUGUGGCCAGAACUCCCCGGGAAAGGUCUACCUUGAGGACGUGUCUGAACAGUAAGCUUUCCUGGGUUACAGUGGCCCAUCGUGUCUCUGUGGCAUCCUUCCAGUGUCCACGCCGGGGCGCGGGAGCGCUAGCUGCUGUGGGAUGCAGCACAUCAGUCACUUGUCCCUUCCGAAUUCAUGGUGGACCACGAGGAAACAACAGUAGUUUCUAAUGAGCUCCUAGACUCUUUGGGCAGGACGAUGCUGUGUUUUGCCCAUCUGUGUCUUAUUUUCUUGAGCAGGGGUAAUGAUGAGGUUGAAAACCACUUAAAUGUUAACUCCUACCCCCUUUUACCCUGACUUUUUUCUCUCCCUGUGCAGGACUCUCUUUAAGAUUUUCUUUAGAACUGAACUGUCACAGGCUUGAUUUCAGCCCCAGGGGUGAGUUUAAUUUGGAAAAUUUGAGCUAUGUCACUUGAGGUGUUUUGGAAUUAGGCAAAUUGGGAGAAAAGAAAGACCCUUUGCCUGGACUGUCUAGCUGCGCCACGGUUAAUUACGGCACACAGAGGCUCAUAACCUGUGGGGGAAAGCCGCCUUCGGAUAAUUGCAUUCUUCUCUGUAUGACCUCAGAAGUCCCUCAUUUUUAUUUAAUAGUGAAUCGUCUCACAUUUGGGAUGUAGGUCUGGACCCUGGCUGAGCUGCAUCGGGCACCAGGAAUAGGAAAUGAGACUUGUUUCUAAAGGAGAACUCACUGUUGUACUGCACUUUAAUAUGACCCGACGGUCGAAGGAUUGCUUCGCAGGGAAAUCUGGGCCCGAAAUGUGCUUUACUUUUUAUCCAUGAAAGAGUUAAAAUUUAACAUGGGGGGAAAAUAUGUUUCACACAAAAAAAGAAGAGUUCAUAGUUGUCCAGGGCAAAAUAAUGAUUUUAAUUGUCUUCAAAACAAUUAUGUUCAAUUACAUUAAAUCUCAAAUUAGCCAGUACACGAAGUUCUUCAUUACAUCAGGACGAGUCUGCCCAGAUGUGCGUCCUGCAAAGGAGACAGUCAACAAUCGGAGGGUCUGGACACAAGAUCUCUCCCUUCCCCUGCCCUUUUGCUUCAUUGGCAGCUACUGUACCUCAUGAUUUAAACAUGGACAUUUCUAAUUAAAUGAGAGCUCAGCUGCAUUCUUGAACUAAUUUAUAACAUUUGAUUUGAAAUGUAAUAGCUUCAAUCUUCAUCUGAUUAAAAACAGUCAUAUACUGUACAUGGUUACUAUUUUGAUGCUCCAACAUGCAGUUUUUAUUUUUACAUUCCCCUUUCUGCACAGCUGUUCAUCUAAUAUCAUCCAAUUUUUUUUUUUAACAACAUG